UCUCCGUCGCUGCUGGUAUCUAUCGGUGAGUCGUUCGAGUCGAUCUGAGCUGCUGUAUAGCGCUUGCACGGCACUGCACUGCCGCCACCAGAUAACAUCCGCCACACCAAGAAGAGCACAAGAAGAGUGAAAUUCCACGCGCGAACGGUGAAGCGGAGCGGAGAGGAAUGGUGCGCCGGUGUCGGCCCUCCCGUGCCCUAACGACACAUUCCAGGCAGCCCUCGGUGUCGGUCGGUGUCAAUGCUGCUAGCGCACACACCAAUCGAAUACAAUACAAUACAACGAAUAUACACAGCGAAGCGCACGAACCAGUUACGGUUGCGGCUUCGGAAACCCUUUCUACACGCCACGGAUCGCACGCACGCACGCACCUACUGACCGCUGGCCACUGGCACUGUGUGUACAGCCAGUGCGCAAACCUGCUCGCAACACCGGCACCGGGCCCUCGCGACGGAUCGCACAAUGCCACACAGCAGGACAGGCCAGCAGCAGCAGCAGCAAAAACGCUAACGGAUUACAUUAGUCAGUAACCGGUUUUUGACGGCUUCAUAUGC